AUGGCCUCAGGCAGCCCCUUCGGUGCCAUCUUGCUGCUGCUCCUGGCUUUUACUCUCCUACAGGAGACCUGGCCAGAGGCCAUGACUCCUUUGGCCGGAGGGCCUCGGCUGUCAGGCCCUGGGCAGGAGAGGUUUCGGGAUGCACAGGGAAGGAACAAAGGCAGGGGAGGGGGGCCCAUCCUGAGUGGGGAGGGAGGCCUCCAUAUCGGCAAGGGGACACGGCUGACAACGGUGCAGGACCCUCGGGACAAGACCAAGCCAGCUUGGCUGCACUCCCCAUGCCUCCUGGACCCUUGUGGCCAGCCACCAUAUUGUCAGACCUGGCUGGUAAAAGUGACCCUCCUGGGGGUCCUGGGGGUCCUGGUCAUGGGGGGCAAUGGGCUGGCUAUUGUGGUGCUGGCCUCCACGGUGUCCGGCUGGAACCACAGCAGUCGCUUCAUGCUGCUCUCGCUGGCUGCCUCGGAUGCUGCCCUGGCUGUGCUGGUGGUGCCCCUCAACCUGUACCGGAGUCUGACGCUGGGGCCAGCGGCCCCCGAGGAUGCUGCGGGAGAAGAGGCUGCCUCCUGCCGGGUGGUGGCCUUCAUCAACUCCAGCCUCUUCGGGGCCUCCCUCUACUCCCUGGCCGGGGUCUCCCUGGAGCGCUACGUGGCCGUCUUCUUCCCUCUCCACUAUGGUCGCCUCCUGAGCCCCAGACGGGUGCUUUUGCUCAUCUUGGCUGCCUGGCUCCUGCCUGCCCUCCUCCUGCUGCCACUAGCUAUCCCAUCCCCUGUGGCCAUGCUCCAGGUCCGCUUUUCUGCUGCUGCCCUGCUGUGUGAGCCGGACUAUGGCUCCAACCCCUUCUACUCCCUCUGGAUCGCCGGCACCAUCUUCUGCCCAGCUGCUACCACCAUCGCCUUCACGAAUGUGCGCCUGUGGCUGGUGGCCCGCUCGCAGCGCCAGCGUGGAAAGGACCCGGGCUUGCUGGGAAAGGCAGGGCGGCCCAAGAGGCCACGGAUGCUCCAGCUGGAUGCUGCCGCCCGAGUGUUGCUCCCGGUUGUGUUUGCCUUCUUCGUCUGCUGGGCCCCUUGCAUUGGCACCCUUGUGUACAACUCAAUCACCCAGGAAAGAGUCCCUGACUGGCUGGAAUUUAUUGCUUUGUGGCUCCCCAUUGGCAGCGGCUUCCUCAACUGCUUUGUCUACUUCUGGGUCAACAGGAACUUCCGGCACAAAGUCCAGAAGGUUGGACAAAAGCUCUGCUUGCCCUGCUGUCUAACUGAGCAGGACCUGCGGCCGCAGCACCUCCCCAGCAUCUCAGCUAACGUGAGGAUGGAUUGUGAGCCCCCCGGCCUUUCCCCAGACGGCUCCCUUGGUGGGUCUCCUUCCAGCGAUGGCCUCCCUCUUGCCCGGCAUGGCUAA